GUAAAUUGCCUCCCUUCGUCACCCGCUGCCUCACUCUGCCGUGCACCAAGACGCAGCGCGCCGCGCUGCGGUGCGUCCUGAACCUGGCGCGCUGCCCAGCGUUGCGCGCCCAGCUCGGUCUGGCGCUGCCUCGGCUGCUGGAACUGCUAGAAGUGGAGGAGCUGCGAGGUGCGGCGGCUGGGGCCUUGUGCAACGUGGCAUGUGAAGCAACGGUACGUCCAAAAGCCCGAGUGGCCGUGCCAGUGUUGCUCUCAGCGUUGCCAAGCGCGGGGAAUGAGGCAGAGGAUAUGAUUGCAGCCCUUGGUGUUCUGGCAAAAGAUGCGGAUGCCGCGACGAUGGACACUAUGGUGGAGCCACUGCUGGCGUCUCUGCCGGACUUGACCAUGCAAUCGCAGCAAUUUGGGCUGACGUUGGAGGUGCUGAGCGAUUUGGUGCGUGCCAGCGGACCCGGCAGCAGCGUGUCCUUGCAAGUGGCACAGGAUGCCAGGGUGGCUUCAGCCUUGGUCCUGAUCCUUCAGCACUUCUCCGCGCCCGUGUGUCACCGCGCCAGCAAGAUGCCGAUGCGAGCAGAGCCCCAGGGGAUGCUGAGCUCGGCCUUGAAGCUCUGCGUCCUGUUGCAGGACUUGCCGACCUUCUCUGUGACCUUCCGCAAUGCUCGAGGCGUGGAGGCCCUACGAAGUGUGCAGGAAAGUUUGAAGGAGUACCCGGGCGGCUAUGUCCGCAAAGCGGUGAAGUUUUGCCAGUUGAGGUGCCAGGAGCCCAGUUGCGGCGACUGUGAGGUGCCGCCAAAGGCGCCUGGAGCACCGCCCACGAAGCAGGACCUUCAAAAUCGACAGGGCCUCCUAGGCACAUUCGCCUGCCUGCUGGGUGUGGCCAUCACAGUGAUGGGUUUUGUAGGCAUCGCGUCGCCCUUGGUGACUCUGGAUGCUUUACCUUUGCUCCACAUGGGUAGUCCCGCCUUACCGGGUCCGACAGGCGAUCGCGAUGAUUUGGCGGACGCCUAUGACGCUUCCGGAAGCGCUUCCGGCAUGGGCAUUCCGACGACGCGCUGGGCUGCCAGCAGCCACCGCGCCGACCGGGAGAGUGAUGUUUGGGGCUGGAUCGAAGCAAAAGAGCCCGAGGUGAGCCACCUCCAUGUGGAUUUCUCGUUGAUCGCGCUGAUCAUCACGCUGCUGUCAGUCUGUGUGAUUCCACCGCUCCUCAAGUCGCCGUCGUUCAUCACGCCGGGCGAGGGCAUGUUGAAUCGCAGCGCUUCAGCCGCGGGCGCCCAAGGGCAGCAGUUCCCCUUGAGCGACCUGCUGGGGGGUCAACCUGGGCGCUUGAUCGAUGUGAAACCUGGAGAGAUGUUGUCAGGCAGCCAAAGUGGUGGCCUCUUUGGUGCGACUGCUGGAGCCCCCUGGAACAGCAGCCCCUGGGGUAGCACCAAUUUGUGGGGCACUGGCGUUGCGGGGCCAGCGAAUGCUAUGGAUUGGACAGCCACAGCGCCCAGCUGGCAGCCACCAAUGGUGCCCAACCAGGGCUGGUCUGGGCCCGGCUCGGGCUUCGGGCAGGGGGUGGGGCCAAUGCCGGGCACCGGUGGCCUCUAUGGGUCCUGGAACACUGCGGUCCCGUCACCUUACUCUGGUCGCGGCCUAAACGCCCCGCAGAGCACGAGCGGUUUGGCGGCGGCAUCUGGCCCCCCUGCGGUGAAUGAAGCGGAGGUGCAAGAGACCUAUGCCACCUUUGGUGAACAGCUGCAGCAGUGGGCUCCAGCCAUUGCUGCUGCACUCGAUCAGGAGGUCAUAAGCCAAGCAUUGCAGCAGUUGGAACAGAGCGACCAGAUGUGGCAUCAAGCGUUAGGUCCCAGAGGUUGGCGCCUGAGCACCGAAUUGCCUCAAACAGGUCGAACAGCUUACGGCCUGGGCGGGAGCACGCAGGAAAUCUCCGUCUUUGAGCGAAAUUUGCCGAAGCCUUUCUGCGAUGAUCCGCAGGCGAACCAACUCUGGCAAAGGCGGCAGCAGUUGGAGAAAUUCCUGGUACACCCGCUCUACGGCCCAACGGUGCGACAAUAUGUGCUGGAACGCUUGAGAGAUUGGCGGCAACGAGGGGUGCCAUGGCGGUGA